AAGUGAUACAAGUCAGGAUUUGGUCUGGUAAUGAUAACAAGUCCAUCUUGAAGAAGAAAAGAAAAAAAGAAAAAGAAAAAGGAGGAUGUUGUUUAUUUUGGACAAAGGAAAAAAAAUAGUUUUGUUACACCAGUUAGAAUUCCCUUUUUCCCACUCACUUUCUUGUUCAAAUAAGCUAGAAAAUACACAAUCAUAAGCCUUUUUUAAAUCAUGAUUUUCUGUAUGACAAAUCAUUCGGGAAUCGGCAUGAAGUAGUUGCUAUAGUUAUAAAAUAAAUAAUGGCUUGUGCGCACAAUAAAACAUACGUAAUCAUUUUAUGGUUGGAAACAAGGAGAAAAUAGGAAGGAGGUAUGCCCGUGCGUACAAAGGCCAACAUUCGACACUUUAUAUGGAAACUGAGGCUUAGAUCUGUCAAUCCUCUCCUCCUCCCUUCUUACUUUAGAGUGUGUUACAGUCAUGUUGAAUUCAAGUACCGUACAUUCCUUGUUUCUCUUUUCAGUCUUACUAUGGCUAACGCACCCCCUCCACCCCCUCCAGCUGCUAUACCAACCCGUCAUAUAAAACUCACUACUGUGAAAGGAAAACAUUUAGAUUGUAUAGAAGCUCCUUUCUUUGGCAACUGUAGAGACGUAGAAGAUUUUCAGAAACUCAAUAGAGUAGGGGAAGGCACUUAUGGUGUUGUCUAUCGUGUCAAGGACUCUAGAACAAAACAGAUUGUAGCAUUGAAAAAGAUCCGCAUGGAAAGAGAAACAGACGGUAUGCCAGUCUCCAGUCUGAGAGAGAUCAGUAUUCUGAAACGAAUGAAGCAUCAGAAUAUUGUCAAUGUGACAGAUGUAGCUGUAGGACCACGAUUAGAAUCUAUAUUUCUAGUCAUGGAAUACUGUGAGCAAGAUUUGGGCAGUUUAUUGGACAUGGUAACAACACCGUAUACAGCAUCCGAGAUUAAAUGUUUGAUGCUUCAGUUACUUCGAGGAUUAGAGUAUUGCCAUAGUCAUUCGAUUAUUCAUAGAGAUUUGAAAAUGUCUAAUUUGUUGCUUACUUCUACUGGUUUAUUAAAGAUUGCUGAUUUUGGUUUGGCAAGAACAUUGAGUUUACCUGGUAAACCAAUGACACCCAAUGUUGUUACUUUAUGGUACAGAGCACCUGAAGUGUUAUUUGGAGAUACCAACUAUACAACAGCUGUCGAUUUAUGGUCUGCAGGAUGUAUCAUGGGUGAACUCAUGCAGCACAAACCUUUAUUACCAGGAAACACAGAACAAGCACAACUUGAUUUAAUUGUCAAGUUAUUAGGAGCACCUAAUGAGACUAUCUGGCCAGGAUUCAAUAAAUUGCCUUCUGCCAAAGUACUUGUGAUGCCAAAACAAAGUUAUAGCAACAUAAAAGAAGUAUUUCCUCGAUGGAGUGAACAGACACUCAGUUUGUUUGCCGGGUUGCUUACUUACAAUCCCAAGUCUAGAUUGAAUGUAAAGCAGGCAUUAGUACAUCCUUAUUUCCAAGAAACACCUAGAGCUCAAGAUCCAUCUCUUUUGCCUACCUAUCCCGAAGUUCGCAACCAAUUAGCCGAAAGAGAAAGCAAACGACGAGCUCAUGAAGAAGAGCGUAAAAAGCGAGCACUUAAUGAAGAAAAAGAUCAUACUUCAUUCAAGAAAAGACGAUAAAGAAGUACCAUGUAUGUAUAUAUAUAUAUAUAUAUAUAUAUAUAUAUGUA